GUUUGUAUACGGGCAGUGACAACGCAUGUACUAUAUAUACACAGGCGUCUAUAGGGUCCCGCUAUAGUUAUUGGCGGAAUCACGUGUACAGAUGUCUCCACCAGCACCAGGGACGGUAAACCACGAAUCCAGAAGGAUAGAAGACUACGAGUCUCGUACUGGGUACACCUAUGAAGAUUACCAACAAACUGCAGACUGGCUUUUGGCGAACACAGAUCACCGUCCUACAUUGGCCAUUGUAUGUGGCUCUGGACUUGGAGCUUUGGGUGAACUGUUGAAGGACCAGGUGGUUUUCCCCUACAGUGAAAUUCCCAACUUCCCACACAGCACAGUUCCUGGGCAUGCUGGACGUCUUAUAUUUGGCAAACUGAAUGGGAAACCAUGUGUGUGCAUGCAAGGACGGUUUCACUCCUACGAGGGUUACCCAUUGUGGAAGGUGACAUUUCCAAUUCGUGUCUUCCGCCUUAUGGGUGUAGAAACACUUAUUGUCACCAAUGCUGCUGGAGGCUUGAAUCAGGACUAUAAGAUUGGGGACAUUAUGGUGAUAAUGGAUCACAUCAAUAUGCCAGGAUUUGCAGGACAAAAUCCACUGAUUGGUCCAAAUGAGGAACGGUUUGGUACUCGUUUUCCCCCCAUGUCUGAUGCUUAUGACAAGGAAUUAAGAAAGCUGGCUCUGGGAAUUGGGCAGGAGCUGGGCUACGUGGAGAAAAUGAGAGAAGGGGUAUACUGUAGCCUCGGGGGACCCAACUUUGAGACUAUUGCUGAAUGUCGAAUGCUGAACAGUCUUGGGGCUGAUGCAGUGGGAAUGAGCACUGUUCCAGAGGUAAUUGUGGCCAGACACUGUGGCCUGAAGGUCCUGGGCAUGUCUCUUGUUACAAACAAGGCUGUCAUGGAUUACAAGGACGAAGCAAUUGCUAGCCACGAAGAGGUGCUACAGGCUGGAAAAGACAGUGCCAAAUUCCUAGAGAAAUUGGUUUCUCUAUUGGUUCAGCGCAUAGAACCGAACAAUAAUAUGUUUUAAAGAUGGUGGGACUUAAUGGGUGGAAAAGGCAUAAGGGUGCUACUCUAUUCUAUGUUCUCUUGAAAUAGGGGCAAGCACUUAUUGCCUCUUAGUUGAGUAUAGGAGUCAUCUAAUCAAAGACACACUAACGUAUUCUCUAUAUGUUAACUGUACCCACAUACCAACAUGUGGCACAACAGCACAUUCCUCAACUUCAAAUUAUCCUAGUGUCCACAAUCCAUUCCGCUGCAGCACACUGUGACAUGUACCAAUCUGUACAACAUGUUUCACACUUAGGCUUGUAGAUACUUUUAUUUAUGUGUCCAAUAUUCACUCCAUGUCUCUCAUUUUACCUCGAUCCUGAAGUCUUUGUAAUAAGACAAUUUUUUUUGGUGACUGUUACUAUUUUAUCUUUAACUAUUAUUUAUUUUUAUUAUUAAAAAUAUUGCCAAGAUCAUGUUACAUUUUUUAAAAAAAAAAAACGGUUCAAAUUUUAAACAUGUAUGAUAAUAGGUUGUAAGAAGAAUAAAUAAAUAAUUUAAAAGGUUAAAUUAUUGGAGGUACAAGAUCAGGAGUAAGGGUCAACUCAUAAUGCAUACUGUAUGUACACAUGUAAUACAGCACAACAUUAUUUAUGUUAACUUGUUUACUGCUUUUUGCAGAUUUGCACUACAAUCCAUUUAACAUGGUUUCCAAUGGAACACGUUCCGUAGUGCAAAUCUGCAAAAUGCAAAAACCACUAAAAAUGCAUAAAUGUGAAUCGGGCCAAAUGGUGCUUAUUGUUAUCCAAUUGGGUACACAUGCACGUUUCUCAGGCUAACCUUCUUAACCCAUUCUACUGUUUUACAGUACUUGGCCUGAUCUAAAGACUUUUUAGUGUGACUCAAAAUAAAUAGAAUCUAAUCUGUUAGCACCCCUUUUGUAAAUUUAAAGUUUUGCAGAAUACAAAUUUAAUGGUGCAUAAGAGGGUGACAUGUCAGUUUCUUGACCUGAAAAAGUGACUUUGAACACUGAAUUCAUAGUUCUUAGUUGGCUUUCAGCAAUCGGUAUCCACACAGCAUUGCUUCUUAGGUGGAAAUAUGAAAUCUUAUAUUUUUUUAUAUAUAAUAUUAGCUUAUUUCUGUAGAAAAUUGCUCUCUUAAUGUCUACACUAUUCUUACUGUUGCAAAUAAUUGCUUCUCUGAUAUUUGCAUUGCUAAUUCAGUUUUCAAUAAACGGUUUUACACCGGUUUUACACCCUUGAGAUAAUAGAAGUUGUUCUACUUUUGUGUUGAGUAAUAACUCCUAUGUUUUAGAGCUUCAGAGAACUGGCCUCUGUAAUCUGUCUCAUGUUUAUGUGUGGGUAGAACAGUUUCUUGUCUAUACCUAACAUUCCUUUGUAAAGUUAUAUAUACCUCUAUUCUGUGUAUAGAGCAUUUUUUUUUUAUGUAGAAUGCAUAAAUAAAAUCUAUUUGAAAUUGCAA